AUAAAAUCAAAAGGCUCUUGAUCAGAAACCAGCUAUUUCCCGACGUAUAAACAACCAAUCUGCAAUGGCGGCAAUUUUCACCACGGCGCACGUUAGCAUCUUUGCGCCUUCUCUGAACUCAACUCCACUGAAACACCACAAACGUGCGCCAAGAUGCGCAUUACCCUCCCAAAAAUGGACGGAGAGCAGGCGACUAGUCUCAAUUUCGCUCGUCCUCCUCCACUCUCUCUCCUCCCUUCCUCCUUAUGCAAAUGCCGCCACCAGCAAUCUAUUUGAUAGAUAUGUGAAAAGGAAAAAGCUUGAGCCUCUGGAGACCUAUGUGCCUGCUGUUAUAUUGACUCAGUUGCAAAUUAAAGACAUAGAGGAUAGCCUAGAAGUUGACCAGCCUCAAUAUGACAUCUACAGAUCAGUUUUACGGUCCGGCCCUGCUGCUUCAUUUCGUUCGAAUAUACGAGCUGUUGCAGAAUAUGCAUCUGAUGGUGGACAGGGCAAGGCUGCCUUUGAUGAUGUUGAACGGUGUCUCAGAGCUGUGGAUGAACUUGAUUCGCUGCUCCUACGCGCUUCAAGAAAUAACAAAGGCGCAUCUGUCAAGCUGAUGAAAGAAAAAAUUACCACUGCUGUGAAUGCAUUGAACAGCCUCCUCAAAACCGUGCCCACUGAUGUGCUAGAUAAAGCAAAUGCGAUUGCAGAUUCUUAUCGAAACCCAGAAAGCAACGACGUGCCUCAAGAGUUGGAUCAAGACUUGAAGGAAUUGCAAUCAAUCUUGUGAAAAAAAAACUUUUGAAACCCCAAAUCAAAAUGAAUGGAGAAAUUUCCCUUUUUCUUUUUUGGCAAUUCCAGUUAAUCGGGUAUACUAAAGUACUGAUUGAAGCAAGAUGUUUAGAACUUGUUUAGGGCAGACAAUACUCACGUGAAUUAUUAAUGGUAAUCCUAUAUUCUGUUCUCUACA